AUGGUCCGUCCCCAAAAGGUGGUCCUCAUCUGGAGCCCAUCACCCUGCAAGUCCUGGGGAGGAAGCAUCAGUCCAGAGGAGGCAUCAGUCCAGAGGAAGCAUCAGUCCAGAGGAAGCAUCAGUCCAGAGGAAGUAUCAGUCCAGAGGAAGCAUCAGUCCAGAGGAAGCUUCAGUCCAGAGGAAGCAUCAGUCCAGAGAAGCAUCAGUCCAGAGGAAGCAUCAGUCCAGAGGAAGCAUCAGUCCAGAGAAGCAUCAGUCCAGAGGAAGCAUCAGUCCAGAGGACGCAUCAGUCCAGAGGAAGCAUCAGUCCAGAGGAAGCAUCAGUCCAGAGGAAGCAUCAGUCCAGAGAAGCAUCAGUCCAGAGAAGCAUCAGUCCAGAGGAAGCAUCAGUCCAGAGGAGGCAUCAGUCCAGAGGAAGCAGCAGUCCAGAGGAGGCAUCAGUCCAGAGGAAGCAUCAGUCCAGAGGAAGCAUCAGUCCAGAGAAGCAUCAGUCCAGAGGAAGCAUCAGUCCAGAGGAAGCAUCAGUCCAGAGGAGGUAUCAGUCCAGAGGAAGCAUCAGUCCAGAAAAGCAUCAGUCCAGAGGAAGCAUCAGUCCAGAGGAAGCAUCAGUCCAGAGAAGCAUCAGUCCAGAGGAAGCAUCAGUCCAGAGGAAGCAUCAGUCCAGAGGAAGCAUCAGUCCGGAGGAAGCAUCAGUCCAGAGGAAGCAUCAGUCCAGAGGAAGCAUCAGUCCAGAGAAGCAUCAGUCCAGAGAAGCAUCAGUCCAGAGGAAGCAUCAGUCCAGAGGAGGUAUCAGUUCAGAGGAAGCAUCAGUCCAGAAAAGCAUCAGUCCAGAGGAAGCAUCAGUCCAGAGGAAGCAUCAGUCCAGAGGAAGCAUCAGUCCAGAGGAAGCAUCAGUCUAGAGGAAGCAUCAGUCUAGAGGAAGCAUCAGUCCAGAGGAGGUAUCAGUCCAGAGGAAGCAUCAGUCCAGAGGAGGUAUCAGUCCAGAGGAAGCAUCAGUCCAGAGGAAGCAUCAGUCCAGAGGAAGCAUCAGUCCAGAGGAAGCAUCAGUCCAGAGGAAGCAUCAGUCUAGAGGAAGCAUCAGUCCAGAGGAGGUAUCAGUCUAGAGGAAGCAUCAGUCCAGAAAAGCAACAGUCCAGAGGAAGCAUCAGUCCAGAAAAGCAUCAGUCCAGAGGAAGCAUCAGUCCAGAGAGGCAUCAGUCCAGAGGAAGCAUCAGUCCAGAGGAAGCAUCAGUCCAGAGGAAGCACUGA